UACAUCAUUCUUCAUUGUAGCUCUCGGAUCAAUGAUGUCUGUGUUGUAGUUUUAGAACACAUCGCUACACUAUACUGAAAGUAUUUUUAAAACAUAAAACAACCAUGCAUAACAACAUUGUGGAAAAUAGUAAAUGUAUAUAGCAUAGUCUACAAUUAUUUUAACAGAUGUUGCAGUCUAACUCCAAAGUGAUUGCUGGUAAGAUAAUGCAUGCUGUACAGUAUGCAGCUUAAUCUUAGCUCUGUAGGAAACCGAUGAUGCGCUUUGUGCCACUGAACUUCAGAAAGCUUGAAAGUCUCGGGAGACAACAUUCUCCCAAAUAACAAGGGACAGGCAGUUACCAAGGCACCAGGAACCCAAACUCUGACAGGCUAGCGGCGUACUUGGUAAGAGCAUGAGUAUCCACAGCGCUUAAGCUGCUAGUUACCCCCAGAGGUCUUUAAAAGGACGCUAGUUUGUCUCCAUGGAAAUGAAAAGGGAAGGAAAAUGCUGAAGUUAUUCUUAUUUGGUUUUUGCCACUUGGUCUUCGCCAUUACAGAAAUUAAGCAUGGUCUGACAGUGUGCUCCUUGCUAAGACAUGCUUUUGAGAGUAUGAAGGAGGACAUUAAUGAGGGUGCAAGGAUUCAGAAAUCAUUUUGCUUCUGUGUGGAGUGUGAAUACUGCGAAACUGAUUCACAGCCCCUCCACUUUAGACCCCUGUGUCUCUGUCAGGAGUACCUCUACAACCAUAGGAGACGUGGGAGAUUUUUCCAAAUUCAGGAGUCAAAGACAGGCAAUGCUUCUAACAAGAAAAGGAAUAUUCACAAAGUGUACUUUGAUCUCUGUAAGCGGGAUACUGAUGUAUCAGAUCUUAACUUCAGUGAGCUGAAGACUUUAGCUUGCUGUUCUGGGAUAAACUACCAUUCUCUACAGGAAUACUCCCUGAAAGUAAAACAACGGAUCUGUAUAUGGGCAAUGAGGAGGCUGAGGUCCUGCCAUCUGUUUUUUAAAAAAGGCAAUCAAAAUACAAUAUCGCACAGAAGAUUCCGCAGAGCUGCUGAAAGUUCCUUUUCUUCUGACCUUUCACCUUCGAUGAGACCUUUUGUUGCAACACAAAGAACAUUAGCACUGGACACAGCCUUGGUGUUCAGCUCAUCAAGGAAUUUUCUUAUAGCUCCAGAAUCAGAGGAAUUGGAAAAACGGAGCAGAAGUGACACUAGGACUGGAAUAUCGUGGGAAGUGUUUCCCUUGUUUCAUCUUGAAUCAAGUCUUCAGGAAUUGAGUGCUACAGUUAUUAAGUUGCAGGCAUCUCUCUUGCAUGAGAUUAUAACGAAUCCUCUGUCUAUCACUCCUUUUUCAGAUGAAAAACUAAUGCUAACAUUAGCGGAUGAACAGUGGAAUCCAUUAGUCUCUACUAGCAUUGAUACAGUUCCAACAGAAAACUUUCCUAUUGUCGGGGAGUCUGAUUUAUUUUUAGGACCCAGUGUUCUCAGUGUUACUGUACAAUCUCACCUAUCAUCUCUAAAUAUCAUAUCUGACCAUAGUGAUCAUCCUUUGGACACAGAAAGUCUUAGUGUUGCUGAAAGUUUGGAGAGCUCAUCUUUCUUGGUCCUAGCAGUGCAUUACAGCAAUUAUCCCAUUGAUUCUGUACUUUCAGAUAUAUUGCAGCCUAUGGAAAGACUGAGUUCUCAACUUGAUGAAUCUGAAAGUCUUGUUGUGAGAAUGAUGUCUGAAAUCAGUUGGCUUCCUUCGUUUCUUGAAAAUUCAGACAUCUUACUUUCAUCACAUUCUUACAUUGCUGAAACUAAAGCUCAGUUGAUGCAAUCACGCACAUUGUCUGAUGCUUUGCCAGUAGCCCUUAAGAGCGUAGCAUGGUCUCAAAACCCAAUUUUUCCCGACUUAGACAAUAAUGAUUUUUAUGCAGCCUCUGAUGGAUUUAAACCAGAUGACUCCACACAAACCCCUGUGAUGGACUAUUCAAACAGCAUGCACAGAGCUGGAUUAAGUGAAACUGAUGAGCAGAGUCUGCAGCUGUCUCUCACCUGGGUAUCAGCAGAAGGUUACAGUGGAGCUUUCUUAUCUGAAGAUGCUACGGCUUUGGAUCCACUUAGGAGCAGCCCUUUUUAUAAUGAUAAAGUUUCACAUUGGUUUCCCUCAGCAGAUAUAUCGAAUACAGUGAGGGAUAACGGCUUUCAGUUUUCUUUACUGGGGUCUGAAAAUAUCCAUUCUGAUAUAAAUGAUCCUGUACUGCAAUCACAAAUCUAUGUAGAAGAGAGUAUGAUUUCUCUUGAAACGCCCCAGACAGAGAGAUUAUCUAUUGCCCUAACCCACUUAACAACCAUGAAAGAAUCAGUCCAUGAUUUAGCUGGUAAUGAACUAAACACAGCAUUUGAAAAUAUGCACAUGUUUACACCUUCUUAUCCUGUAACAACACCAGUGUCAACAGCGAGUGAAGUUGUUCCUUCUGAAGAUCCUUUCAAAUAUCCCAUCCUUUCUUUUGAUUUGGCUUAUUCGCCAACUUAUAGUGAAGACACUGCUAGCACUUUGAAUAAUAAUUUAGUGGAGCCUUCUUUCCUGCCAGCACAUUCAAUGAUUACUGUGUUCGGGUCAUCCAGAUUUGAUGAGAGCAGAGUUAAAUAUGAGGAUAAAAUGACAGGCAACAUGCACUUUUCACAAGGCUUCAAAGAGCUGUGCAUUUCCUCAAUGGAUUGCUUAAGUAGUGAAGUCAUCAGAACUGUUUUUGAACCAUCAGAAAUAAUAUUUUCGACUACUAUAACUACACCAGUAUCUUUGGUAUAUGAUUUAAGCAGAGUGGAAGAAAUAAUUAUUUUGCCACUUUCUAGAGACAUUACAAGACAAGAGUCUUUUCAGAAGGACCUGUUUACUUUCAAUGCAGAAUAUGCAGUUUCUCACAGUGAUAGUGUCUUGCAUAGCAUACAAUCUUUAGAAAGCAAAAGGUUUGUUUUUGAAACAUCUGUACCAGAGGUUUCUAGUUAUGCUCCACAGCAUCUGGAGUCUGAUCGUGUAGACAUUAUUGACUCAGCAAUGCUCCUGCCAUCAAAAGAUCCUUUAGUGAGUUCACAAAGUGAACUUUAUCUCUCUCUAAUUGACUGGUCUUCUGUUUUUUCUGAUACAGAAUUACUUGAAACGAGUCACCUGAACUCAAUGAUUCUUUUUCCAAGUACAUUAACUGUAAAAAAUUCUGUCUCCCUUUUAGAACCUUCUUUAGUUACUGACACGAUAAAAGUCACCAAGAGUUUUAGCUCAGCUUCUAGGCAACUACUUCAGUCAGAACUUUCUAAUACGGAAGUGUCGGAUGCAGUGAAGACUGAGGACACUUACUCAACUUAUUCAGUAGCAAAUAUUGAUUUCUCUGUUCCAGAAUCCAUGUCGUUUUUUUUUGCUGAAGUAUUCAACAAAGAUUUGUAUUCCUCUGAACACACUUCAGUGAAAGAUAUGUUUGAAAACUCUUUUUCUCCUGAUGUAGGUCACAUUAAAACAGAUAGUUAUUUGUCACUGCUUGUUUCAGAGGGUUUGAACUCUGAAAAAGAUGCAAGCUUGAUAUCUACAUCUGAGACAGGGUUAUCAAGUUUUUAUUCAGGAGAGAUAACUGCCACUCGAACUAUGAUUUUUUCAGCGCUCCCAUUGACUUUAUUUCCAACAGGUGUUCAAUCUGAAUUACAUUAUAGUCAGCCUAUUCCAGACACGGGGGCUUCCUGCAUUCCUGCUUGCCUGGAUACUAGAUCUUUGUAUUUGGCAGCUGCAAGUUCAAGUACAAAUCCACAAGGGGGCAGUGCUGGACACUCAUCUCAAUCUUUUUCACAGCUGAUGCCAGCUGCAUCUUCUGUGAGAGACUCAUUUGGAUCUUGGACACAGGAUUUGCAAGACCGUUUAUCUUCAAUAACUCUUAUCGAUUCUAACUUAAACACUUUACAAAGCGCUUUUUGGCCAGAGAUGUCAUUUGGUGGCACAUCUCUGCAGCAGAACCUGGCAGCAGCCUCCGUUUAUAACACAACAUUACCUGCAUUUCCCCCCCAUUUCUCCAGCUCAGCAGUAAUGACUUUCCCUGCAGGGGUGUCAGCAUUCAUCAUGCUGUCUGUUGCAGAUACAGAAAAUUUGUCUUCUGUGACAAAAACAAUCCCCACUCUCACUGCAGACGGCAGCACAGGAAAGAAGCCCUUGUCAACUUCAUUUUCACCUGUCUCAUCUUUUUCCACUUUAAAACAAUCCACAGAGUCAUUAGAGUCAUCACUCGAUGCUAUUACUAGUUCCUCUCUCUCCAGAAAAGACUAUCCUUUCACUUUGCCAGUCAUUCAAACCACGGUAAUAUAUACACGUCCCCUGAAGCAGUCUUAUUUAUUUGAUAUGGAAAAUUCUCCAACGCAGCAGUUUUUCCCAAGUCCUGUUUUACCACUUGCCUCCAUGUCAUCUAUGACAACCAUGGUCUUGAUUAGUGGUUCGUUUCCCUCUACAAUUUAUAGCACAGGAUUUAUGAUUAGUUCGUAUUUUAAAUUAUCAGACCAUUUAGUAUCUAACUUUGUGAGUUUGGCAUCAAUGCCAACUCCAAAUCUAUGGACUCUUACGACAGCAGGAUCUGUAACAGUUACACCCACAGUUUCCCAAUUCAAUAUGUCAACGGAUUAUGUUCCAUUAAAGACAAAAAUGGCUCAGGCCAUCAGCAAUGGAAUUCAUCUAUCUCAGCCACACCAAACAGUGCCAGCAUUGUCAUCGUAUACAAUAUCCAGUCUACCUGAACCAUCCAAUGUUUCUGCAACUGCUCCAUCAGUUAAAGCAGAGCAUCUGUUAGAAAUUACCCUGCGGGUAAACAGAUCUGUGAAUAUCUUUGGUGAACCUUUUCAGAAUGCAGUAAGCACUGGUCUGAUCCGUACAUUUCUCCAGGCAGCAGCAACCAACAAGACAAAAAGCAAGAGAAGUGCCCCAGUGAUUAAUGUGGAGAUUUUCACUGUCCGCAGACUAAGUGCAGAUGUCCUUAUAGAGUUUGCUGUACUGUCUGAUGGAAACCUACUCAGAGCCAAAGAUGUUGAAGAAAUAUUGAAUAGGCUUCCAGACCUUAUUGGUACCUUAAAUGAAAACCUACCUUAUCCAGUGGUGAAGGUUCCAUCUGCUGUGAUUGCCACCUCAUUACCCCCGCUAGCAGAUUUCACAGGCUGGUUAGCCGCGGUGGUGGUGCUGGCAGUCCUCUGCGUCUUGCUUGUGUCCCUUCUCAUUUUGUACGGCAAGAAAUCGCGGCACGGGGGAGGAAUGGUCACUGCUGCUUCAAGCGCUGAAGCCACUGGCUCGGAGGAGGACCGACAUCGUACGUCCAGAGUACAUGUCUCGAGUCAUCAAAAUUUAAAGGACGUGGAGAUGGGAGGGAAUGAAAGGAAACCGAUCAAGCAGCCCCUGCUUCUUCCGAGAACUGCUCCUUCAGAUACAUUCAGAAUAGCAGCGAGUGCUGAAAAGAGCAUUGCUCUGCAAAACCCUGCAUCAACAGAUGAGCAGAGCAGACAACAAGGCAGUAAAGUCAAGGACAGUUCCUAUUACCAGGUAGCACCAGUGGAGAGAAUACCCCAGGAAUUCUUCAGAAUAUCAGACACACACACUGCAGGACUUGGAAUAAAGAACAUGCAAGAGGAAGAGUCCACUGCAGCAAAAUAUGAACACAUGGCCCACAUGAAAAUUAGCAAACAGCUGCCCAUGACUGACGGAGUCAGUAAACCAUUCCAGAGCGCUGUGGCACCUUUACCUCCAUUGAAAUUUCAGAGGCUUACAGUUCAAGAUAGCGACAGUGAUGAAGAAUUGGAAAUGAAGCUAAGAAAAACUGACAUCACCACUAGAGCUGUGGACAGGCAGGACAGAUCACAGGAUUUAGCAUUGAAACGUCAUGUAGACGUAAGUGACAGGCAGUUACAGAGGAGGACAGAUGCUGAAAGGCAACGCAACAAAAAACGACAGAGAGAAAAAUUAAGGCAGAACCCGAGAAAUGCUGGUACUGGAGAAGGAGUACUUUCUCAAAAGCACUUUCUCAAGUCACAGGCACAGGAAGAAUGUAUUCAGAGCACGGAGACCUCAAAAGAAAAAGAAAAGAGAAAGCAGAGGAGAACCAGAAAAGAAAAAGAAUUUGAUGCAUGGAGGAGAGCACAGGCCGAGAUUACAUCUCUGCUUUCUUCUCAGCCUGGAGUUUUGAGUGAAUAUUUCAGAACAAGGCAAGGACUUCAGGCAUUUCCCUGGAGAAUGCCUCAGUCUGGAGCAUUUAGUCAGCAAGGGCCUCAAAUGGAAUUUAAUUCCUUUGGACACCCAAUGAUGAGAGCACAUCCAUUGUAUGUUGCCAAAGAGCCAAGACUCAGCUCCUCAUAUGUUGCUAAUAAUAUAGGUCCUUUGGCUUAUCCAUGGCAGACGGGUCCUAUUCCAAAUACAAGACACAAUGCAGAAUUCCUGCGCUGUAUCCAGAAUCCUUCCCUGCCUCUGUACAACCCUGAAGCUUAUUUUCCUCACCAGCCCUUCAUUUUCCCACACCAUUCCAACCUCCCUGGUUCACUGGUGGAUGGCGAUGAAGACACAAGCAGUGGCGGAUCAAAGUCUACAGAGUCCCACAGUCCUCAAAGCAGUAGCGGAUCGCGGAUGGAACCAGGCAACAGCGGAACCGCUUUCUGUUCUGGAGCCCCCCUGCUGGACCCUGGGUCCAGAAACUACCUGCAGCUGCUGGCAUCACUGAGUUCUCAGCCGACAAGGCAGGCUGAAGGCACACACCAGGGGAACAGAAAAGUGAAGGCCAAACGCAGGAAAUUAAAAUCACCUGACAGGGAGGUCGCACGGGAAGAAAUGUAAGGUGAAUCUUUGUAAUAUGCUUCAUCUGAGCACAUUGAAUUUUAGAAUAUUCUAUGCUAAUAGAUGCUCACUUAUACAGUACAUACUGUAUAUACACAUAUAUACAAAGUGCUACCUGAAGUCUGUUCCGCUCACUGCAGAUAUGAUGCUUCUAGUUCAGUAGUGAAAGACCCUUUACUUAUGACUCAUUUGUGAGGAAAAGGGAAACCCAUAUGAAUAGCCUAUGAAUACCUUAUGAUUCAAAGUUCAAUUCAUAUUCACACUGUAGGAAAUGUUGUAUCUUUUCUUAUGUUAUUAUAUUAAAAUGUAGAGUAGGAUAAAAUAUAAUGUCAACUGAAAACAGCGGAAAACAUGACAAGAAAAUAAUUACAAUGCAAAAUUAUGUUUUAUAACACAAUAAAUCUAAAUAAAAAGUCAAAAGGAUUUGUUUUGAAUGUUAUACUGUAAACCACGAUCUUCAGGAUCGUACAACAAAAAGAAAGCACUGUCAGGUUUCUUAAAUUUUUCUCAAUGUAAAGGCAGGAAGAUAAAUAAUUGAAUCAAAAUCAUUUCCUUGGAAGUAAAUCAGUUUACUGUUUAAAGUUCUGCAUUGAAUGAAUAAAUGUAAUCCAUUGCCUACA